AUGGCUGGCUUCCUCUCCCCAGACGAGGCGGCCCAGAGCCACGCCGACCUGGUCCGGAUCCCCAGCAUCGUCUUCUUCGCCGUCACGCCCAUCUUCGUUUUCAUCAGAUUCUGGAAUCGUAUUUCGAGGAGAACAGGGCUGGGAUGGGACGAUGGCCUCAUUGGCGUGUCUUUUGUUUGUACCCUCUUGGUGCAGAUAUUCAUGAUGAUAUCUUGCAACUAUGGAUUUGGCAAACACAUUGCGUCGUUGUCAGUCAGUGACAGGCUAGCAGCCCUCAAGUGGUUCUACGUUGCACAGAUCUUCUACAAGCUGACCAUCAACCUGACGAAAAUGUCGAUUGUUCUCUUGUAUUUGCGGAUCUUUGUCCAGAGGUGGUUCCGGAUUGCCUGCUACAUCCUGCUUGGCAUCGUCACGGCGUAUGCCAUUGCUAGCACGGCAACUUCCAUUUGGCAAUGCAAACCCAUUCGAGGAGCUUGGGACAAGUCCGUCCACCCAACAUGCAUCAGUCUGACCGAGAACUGGUACGCCAACGCUGGCUACUCCAUUGCCACGGAUGUUUUGAUCCUGUUGCUGCCAAUGCAGCCUAUCUGGUCGAGCAAGCUGCCCCUUGCCCAAAAGAGAGCACUGAUGGUUGUCUUUGCUCUUGGAAGUUUCGUCACUGUAACAUCCAUCAUGCGAGCCACUACUCUGAACUUCUCGACAACCAGCCCUGAUACGACCUUCGAUAUUACCUCUACUCUGUGGACUAUCAUCGAAGAGAACGUCGCCAUCAUCUGUGCCUGCUUGCCCAUGUGUCGCAUGGUCUUGGCCUUCCUCUUCCCCAAGAUCUUCGGCGGCAACACCUCCAAGGGAUCGACUGGCGCUUCGGGCGGUCUGGGCUCCGAGGGCCGCAACAAGUACGGAUACGCUCGAUCACAAUCUCCUUCACGCCACCAAAGCUGGAAGCCUUAUUCUGGACCGGGAGGGGAUGGCGGCAGCCGCAGCAUGGCUGCCCAUCAAAACGACGACACGAGCGAAGAGUUUAUUCUCACGACAGUACAACGACACGGCUCGACGGAUGAACCUGACGGCGCCAUCCGGAAAACGACAAAGUACGAAAUCUCCUACGAAAGCGGACCAUAUAAAAAUUAG